GGAUUUCGUAGCGGCUUUUACCGGGAACCGAACGGCAGCCAAUCACAACGCCGGAUGUUUCCCGUGGCUCCCCCAUCAUUUGUUUGGGUUGCUAACUGGGAACUCAACCUCCCCAUCCGAUUCUUCUCUUCCUCCCCUCGUCGUCAUUCCAUCGCACCUUUCCCACCACCUCUCUACUCCAAUACACUUGACGUUAACGUCUAAUCAAUCCUAACACUUUACACAAUGGCUGCUCCUGCUGCUUUCUCCGAUAUCGCCAAGGCGGCCAACGAUCUCCUCAACAAGGACUUUUACCACGGCUCUGCUGCCAGCCUUGAGGUCAAGUCCAAGGCUCCCAAUGGCGUCACCUUCAACGUGAAGGGCAAGUCUGCCCACGAGGGUCCCAUCGCUGGUAACCUCGAGGCCAAAUAUGUCGAUGCUCCUACUGGCCUUACCCUCACCCAGGCCUGGACUACCGCCAACGCCCUCGACACCAAGCUCGAGCUUGACAACAACAUCACCAAGGGUCUCAAGGCUGAGAUCCUCACCCAAUAUCUCCCUGCUAAGCAGUCCAAGGGUGCUAAGCUCAACCUCCACUUCAAGCAGCCCAACGUGCACACCCGUGCUUUCUUCGAUCUCCUUAACGGCCCCUCCGCCAACUUCGAUGCUGUUCUCGGCCACGAGGGUUUCCUUGUCGGUGCUGAGGGUGGCUACGAUGUCCAGAAGGCCGCCAUCACCAAGUACUCCGCUGCCGUCGGCUACAGCGUUUCCCAGUACUCUGCUGCCAUCACCGCUGCCAACAACCUGACUGUCUUCUCCGCCAGCUACUACCACCGCGUCAACGCUCAGGUUGAGGCUGGUGCCAAGGCCACCUGGGACUCCAAGACCGGCAACUCCGUCGGCCUCGAGGUUGCCAGCAAGUACCGCCUUGACCCCUCUUCCUUCGCCAAGGUCAAGAUCAACGACCGUGGUAUUGCCGCUCUGGCCUACAACGUUCUCCUCCGCCCUGGUGUCACCCUCGGCCUUGGUGCUUCCUUCGAUACCCAGAACCUUAACCAGGCUGCUCACAAGGUCGGCGCCAGCUUCACUUUCGAGGCUUAAGCGACCUAAUUCCCAUACUUACGCUAUUGGGGCUCGCCUAAGCCUUUUUACCUUGUUCCAAUAUGCGUAAGCCCGGCAAUUUCAAAGCAAUUGGGGUCUCCUUCAUUGCUUUCUAAUUGGUCAACUGUCUGUUCCAUCCUUUUGGUGGCGCAUAGAUAGGGCGAGAUUUUGUAUAUACGGAGCAGGAAGAUAGGAUUAGGUGGACUUUGAUAUCUAGAUAUCAGGGUAAUAAUCAUGUACCGUAGUCAUUAUUGGCGAAAUCUGUAUAUCAAU